GGCCUGGCGUCUUACCGGCAGUACGAGCAGAUCGGUUGCGGUGCCUUCUCCGCUGUCUUCAAGGCGCGGAAGAGGCAGUCGAUCGAGGCAGUCGCGCUCCGGCGCGUGCACAUGUGCCGCCAGGAGAAGCUGCUAGCGGAGACGCACUCCAUCUUUCGCGAGAAAGAGGUCCUCGCCAGUGUGGAGCACCCCUUCAUCGUGCCGCUCCGCUUCGCCUUCCAGACUGAGGACCACCUCUGCUUCGUCCUCGACUACAUCGCGGGCGGCAACAUGUACUCGGACUUAUCGCGAGGGCCGUACGUGCACUCACGCGCCGUCUUCUACGCAGCGCAGACCGUCCUCGCGACCCACCACCUGCACGAGCUCGACAUCCUCUACCGCGACCUCAAGCCGGACAACGUGCUGCUGACGCUCGACGGCUACAUCAAGCUCGCGGACAUGGGCGCAGCGCGAGGCAUUGCAGAGAAUGGGGCCAUCAGCAACGGCGCGACAUCCUCCUCCGACAAGACCGUGAAGGCUGGGGCGCCGCCGACGCUAAAGCGGCGGAUGACCAUCACUGGCACGCACGGCUACCGCGCGCCAGAGGUGUACGAGCGCGACUACGGCAAGGCGGCUGACUGGUGGAAUGUGGGCAUCCUCAUCAUCGAGAUGCUGACAGCCACAAACCCACUCCGCGGUGCCAACCGUACGGAGAGCGAGCAGCUGAGCAAGACGAAAGAUGUCGAGUUCCCCAGCUUUGUGCAGCCCGAGGCGUGCAGCAUUGUCAGUGGUCUGCUCAAGCGUGACCAGUCACAGCGAUGUGGCUGCGGAGAGAGAGGGGUGAUCGAGAUCUACGAGCAUGCCUUUUUCCGCGACAUCGACUGGGAGGGGCUGCUCUCGAUGGAUUCGAAGCCGCCGUUUGAG